AUGGCCUCUCCGAACUCGCCAAAUACACUCUCUGCAGACAAUCUCACCGUCCUACCCCCCAUCCUGACAGAUGCCUCGGUGAAACCGUCACCAAGUGCGAAGGACCGGUUAUCUACCUACUCGAAUCUCUCUGUCGCGUCGCAACAUCGCUCACGCCCAGGCUCCCACGUGUUCCCGAUAUUCCAUUCCAGUCUGCCGUAUGCUCUUGUCCGAGACUUUGCCUACCCGCCGAUUCAUCCACUGCACUAUGGUCCCCCUCCCUUGCCCUCUGGGGGUUCGACGCCAGCAAGUGAGUACCGCCGUUUUUCGGACGUACCGAAUUCGUGGGAUACCGCGCGUGGCCCAUGGGCGUCUGGUCCCUGGAGCAAUGAAACCAACCAAAGUCAUGGCCCGGGGCACGGGCAGGGCCAUCAACAAUUGCCAGCUAUGUCAUUCGGGGACGGGCCUCCAUACAGUGAAGAUGAGGAUUUGCACAGCCCAGUGGUGACCACAGCGCGUCAACGGCAUAAGUCCACUGGGACCGGUUUAAAUUACACCGAUCAAAGGAUGGCCGAAGCCGCAGACCGCGGCAUGUUUAUCGGCAUGAACCCUGAUGGUAGCGAGACAUAUUACAUUAAUGGGGAUGAUGCAAUGGAAGAUGGACCUGGUGGAGAAUAUAUUACAUACCCGGUGAACGAAGGCCGGUAUUCUCAUUAUGAUACCCAGCAAGGCCAUGCACCCGACGCCGCUUUCGAGGGAGCUGACAAUGGAGACCGGUAUGCAAAGGAUUAUCAAUUUGCUGUCGGUUGUCCGGACGAGGAAAUGCAUGGAAAGGCAGUCGCACUCUUUGACUUCACCCGCGAACAUGAGAAUGAGCUACCCCUCACCGAGGGCCAGGUGAUCUACGUCUCCUACCGACAUGGUCAUGGCUGGUUGGUUGCCGAGGAUCCAAAGACUGGAGAGAACGGCCUUGUGCCCGAAGAAUUUGUGAGGCUGCUUCGUGAUAUCGAAGGAGGGCUGACCUUGUUGAACGGGGAGCCUAUCCAAGACUCGGCAGAAAGCAGCGCCUCAAUCGAUAUUACUGAGGACGAUCGCACUUCCACACCCAUCCAGGGUGAUUCAAAGGAUUUCAAAGGCGACAGUCCGAUGACUCUUUCCACUGAAGGCGCAAAAAAAGCCAGCCAGGCCACUGGUGGUUCUGGUGCCCGUGUAAGCAUGAUUUCAAAGACCUGA